AUGGUGAUUUGUUUCAAUAUUAUAAGAUAUAAGGAAGGCAAGUUAUUUAUUAAAAAUAGUUAUUUAUUUUAUCGAAGCUCAAAAACAUCUUACAAAAAAAAUGAAAUAAAAUCAGUAAACAAUAUUUUGUGUUUUUCACUUUUAAACAAACCACUUUUCCCAGGUCUUUCAUAUGUCCUUAAUGUUGACAAAAGUUUUAUAAAUAUUUUAGAAAAUUAUAAAAAAAAAAAUAUUUAUGUUGGUCUUUUUUUUAACAAAAAAUCAGAGAAUGAUAUAGCAUAUGAUUUGUUAAGUGACCAAGAGUUAAACACAAAUUUUUUUUUAAAAGGGCAAGACGAAACAAAAAGUGUGUCAAUUUUGAAUGAUAAAAAUAAAAUUAUAAAAAAGGAUAUAGAUUAUAUAACAAGUUUUGAUGACAUUUAUGAGUAUGGGGCAAUUGGGUUAGUUCAAAAGGUGUUAAAUGAUGAAAAUGGGGAAAAUGAUGGAAAUGGGGAAAAUGAUGGAAAUGAAAAAGAAAGGUUGCAAAGUGAAGGGAGACUGCAAAGUGAAGGGAGACUGCAAAGUGAAGAAAGGUUGCAAAGUGAAAUAUAUAAUCUAGUUCCACAUUCUAAUGGAAACGAUAUUUGCCAAAUAGUUGUUGAUAUAUUAGAAAGGGCCAAAAUAAAUAAAUGGAAAGGAAACAAUAUUGGGGAAAUUAUAAUAGCAAACAAAUAUGAUGAAAAUAAAUUAAAGAGUGAAGAAAAUGAAAAAAUGUUUAAAAAAAUAAAAGGAUAUCAACUUGAAAUUAUUGAAAAAAUAAAAGAAAUAAUAAAAAUAAAUAAUAAUAAUAGUUAUGAAUAUAAUAUAUUACUAAAAUAUUAUAAUACUAAAAAUAUAAAUAAUUUAAUUAAUUUUGUAGGAAAUAUAACAAUAGCCAAAAAUAGUAAUAUUCAAAAAAUGCUUGAAGAGAGUAACAUUGAAAAUAAAUUAAAAAAAUGUAUAGACUUAUUAAAUGAAGAUAUAUAUUUAUUUAAAAUAAAAAAAGAAAUAAAAAUAGAUUUAGAAAAUAAAUUUUUAAAAGAAAAAAAAGAAUUAUUAAUUACAGAACAAAUUAAUUUAUUAAAAAAAAAAAUAGGACAUGAAAAAACAGAGCAUGAAAAAAAUUAUGAAACAUUUAUUAAUAAAUAUAACAAUUUUAUCAAAAAUAAUUUAGAGGAAAAUAUAUCUACACACAUUUUAAAUGAAAUCACAAAAUUUAAAUAUAAUAACGAAAAUAAUACUGACUAUUCAUCAGCAUAUCAAUAUAUAACAACUAUUUUGAACAUCCCUUAUAAUAAAUAUGCCAAAUUAAAUAAUGAAUUAAUUAAAUGUGAAAAUAUAUUUAAAACUUCACAUUAUGGUUUAGAUAGUGUUAAAAAAUAUAUAUAUGAAUAUUUAAGUAUAUAUAUAUUAAAUAAAAAUAAAAAAAUAAAGCCAAAAAUAUUAUUACUUGUUGGAUGCCCAGGAACUGGAAAAACAUCUAUAUGUAAAACUAUUAGUAAAUGUUUAAAUAUACCAUAUUAUAUAAUAAAUAUGAACAAUAUUAAUAAUAUGAACGAUUUGAUAGGACAUAGAAAAACAUAUGUAAAUAGUUAUGAAGGUAAAAUAAUAAAUGCCUUAAUAAAUACACAAGUUAUGAACCCAUUAAUUAUAUUAGAUGAAUUUGAUAAAAUUGAAAAUGUUUAUAAUAAUAAUAAUAUUUAUAACACAUUUUUAAAUAUAUUUGAUCAAAAUCAAAAUAAAAUAUUUAAAGAUCAAUAUAUUAAUUUUCCUAUUGAUAUAUCUAAUAUAUUUUUUAUAUGUACAGCUAAUUCUAUAGAUAAUAUUCCAGAUAUGCUUUUAGACAGAAUGAAUAUAAUAAAUGUUUAUCCCUAUACAAAUAGUGAUAAAAUAAAUAUAUAUAAAAAUUAUUUAAAAAAAAAAUUAGAAAUAGAAACUAAUAUUUCAGAUUCUCAUAUUCAUUUAUCUGAUCAAAUAUUAUUAUAUAUUAUUAAUAACUAUACUAAAGAAAAUGGAAUUAGACAAUUUUAUUAUAUAUUAUAUGAUAUUUAUAAAAAAAGAGCGUAUAUGUUAUUACGUGGUGAAACAUCUUGUGUGCAAUUAACUAUAUGUAUGAAUGAAGAGAUGGAAGAUUCUUGUUUUUAUAUUUCAAAUAAAACUAAAUAUAAUAAAAAAAACUAUAAUAUAACAGAUUUUAUAAAUCUUGAUAAUAAUAGAUAUAUAAAACAAGGGAAUAUAUCAUAUUCUUCAAAUCCAGGGGUUUCAAAAUCAAUUGCUUUUACAAAUAACGGUGGAUAUAUUAUAACUAUAGAAAUUUCUAGCUUAUCAAAAAAAUUAUUAAAAAAUUCGAUAGAAAAAAAAUGUAAUUAUAUAAAUAACAAUUUUGUUGGAUACAUCAAAGAUGAGAUGUGCCCAAAUCAUUUAUUUAAUAAAAAUGAAUAUCAAAAUGUCUUCGAUUUAAAAAAUGAGGAUGCUCCUUUUAUUUAUGAACAAACAAGAGAAAUAUCCCAAUCAGGAUUACAAAACAGAUAUAAAAAUAAUUUCUCAAAUACUUUGCACUCUCCACAAAUAGAACGAUAUGAUGUAUUAAAUUCAAAAGAUGAGAUCCGACAUAAUAAUGUGAAAAAUAGUGAAAUAAAUAUUUCGAAUAAACAAGGAAUGGGUACCUACGAUUGUAAUAUUGUAAUUACUGGAAAUGUUGGAAAAAUAAUGCAAGAAAGCAUAAUUAUAGCUAAUACAUAUUCGAUAAAUUUAUUAAAUCAUAUAUUUUCAAAUUUCCAAAGUGAAUAUUUACAUAUAAAUUUAAGUGAUUCUGAUUUAAAAAAAGAUGGGCCUAGUGCUGGUAUUAAUUUUGUAACUUCGAUUUUAUCAUAUUAUUUAAAAAUUCCUGUUAAUAAUCGUUUAUGUAUGACCGGAGAAUUAACACUAAAUGGAAAUAUUUUAAGAAUUGGAGGUUUAGUAGAAAAAAUAAUUACAGCAAAAAAUUCAGGAAUACAAACUUUAAUUAUACCGAAAGACAAUUAUCAUGAAUAUUUAUUAAUUCCUAAAGAAAUAAAAGACAAUCUUCAUAUUUUAUAUGCCCAUCAUUAUUAUCAAAUUUUUAAUUAUAUUUUCGCACCAAAAAUAUAUGGCAAAGUAGCAUAA